GCUGCACAAGAAUAUAGACCAUGAGGCUAGGCGCUGGCAAUCACCAAUCGUUUGCAACUUUGAACUACUUACUUAGCCUUGUACCCCGCCAUCGUAUACCAAUCUCGAUCAAACAAACAAGGGAGUGGAUGCAUCACAGCCUUCAAAAUCAACCAAGGGAUGGUAUGCUCCGAGUGGACGGUACCGGAUCAGGAGCCGCCUGUUUUUCUUUUAUUAUUUGUAUAGGGCAGUAUGAUAAUGGGGAAUAGUCGUUUCAAAGGUGGUCUGAUUCCGAUGUCAGUGGCGAUAGACAUAGCAGGCGGAAUAUACACCUCUCCAAGUCUUCUUCCACAAGGGAAUUAAAAAAUAACGACGGAAAAAAAAAAAGAAAAUAACAUGCAAAGCAACGCAAACGCUUCUCUGGAGAAGAAACUAAACCUGGGACGUACACGCGUCGUUUGUGCUUUUUUCUUUGUUCAAACCUCAAGGUCUUUUGUUCUCCCUUCGGACCAGAACAUGCAUAAUACCCCGAAUGAGCUGAGGCAAGGCAAGCCCGUACUUUUUUUUUGGAGUCAGUCAUGGUCUACUUUUGUGUCUCUCUGUCUGUGUCUUGUCAGCAUGCUCGAGGGGGCGCCACGCAUGCAAGACAGACCCCUAAUAUCCGAUUUUGCUUUUGGUACUGCUUUGUUUGUCCCGUUCCCAAUCGUCCAAUGCGCGCUUUUUUUAUACCUCACUUGCUUCCUGACUGGUCAC